AUGAAAUAAUCGUAAAAGGGAAUUUUGAAGAAGAAUUCAUAACAGGAUCUAGAUAUGAAGAAAGAAUUGCAUUGGGAUGAGCAUACAAUAUAAUAGCAAGAUUUAGAGAGAGGAAAUAAAACUAAAAUUAAUGAACCCAAAACACCCUAUGAAGAUGAAAUUAUACAAUAAAAUCUCUAGGAGGAUAAAAUUGAAGUUGAGGAUGAAAUAGAGCAGGAUUUAAUAUAAGCGCAAUUGAAUAAACAAAAAUUGCAGCAAUAACAUUAAAAGAAACUGGACAUUGAAGAACUGAAUAAAAGAUUAAAAGAGGAUUUGGAUAGGGAAAGAAAAAAUAUGGAUGAUGAUUCUGCAGAAGAAGAGGAAAAAAGAAAAAAACACGAAGAAUUUGUUAAAAAAAGAAAAUAACACUAUAAUGAAAAGAACCUGAUUAGAGAUGCCAUGCACAAAAAAUAGUUUGAGGACUAAUGA